AUGCGUAUAACAAAGUUAUUUGGCACACUGUUAACAGUUUCGUUAUUGGCCCUAACCAUAAAUGCCUGUACAAUAACCCUACCCGAUGACAUUCAAGGAUUUGCACCAGUUAUUCUGGUAAGCACAAAUCCCUCUUCUGGAGAUUAUCAACUAUUUAAGCCGACAGGGCAAACGACAGAAAUACCAGAAGGCGCUAGCCUUUAUCUGGUGUGUACUGGUAAUAAAAAUAUCAUAACAUCCUUGAAUGUGCCCAGUUUGGAAUUACAAUGUUCUGCGAAUGAAUUUGUCGAUUCCAAUAAUAAUGCCUAUCAACUAAAGGAUGUGGUUUGUAAAUCGAUACCAAGUUCAUCGUUGAAGCUGACCAAUAAUGAAUGUUCUCAAGAACGUGGUACAAUUUUCGAAGCUGGCUAUAUUGUGGAUGGUACAUUUUAUGGACCCGUUUUUGAAAUAUGUUAUGAUAACAUCACGGAGUCAACAUUCUAUACGCAUAAUGUCAUCAAUGGUGCAGCUAUUGAUUAUAACAUAAAAGAGAGCACUCGUCGUUCAUUCUCUGCCGAAGGCAUGCAGCUGACCACCACCAAAACGAAUACCUAUUAUACACAGAAAAAUCAAAUUCAACGUUUUGAAAACUACUUUGGAGCGGAUCAAACCUAUAUUGAUUCCAUAAACUACUUGGCCCGUGGCCAUUUAACUCCUGAUGCUGAUUUCGUUUUUGGUUAUGAACAGCUAUCAACCUAUUAUUAUGCCAAUGUAGCUCCGGAAUUUCAACCCGUUAAUGCUGGCAAUUGGUUACGUGUUGAAGAAUUGGCACGUUCCGUUGCCGCUGCAUAUGGCAAUGAUUUGGAUACCUAUAAUGGUUAUUUCGGACAGCUACAAUUACCCACCGUAAAUGGUCAAUUGAUUGAUAUUUAUUUGGACGAUGCCAAACAAAUUGAAGUGCCUGAAUAUUAUUUUAAGGUCUUGUUAAAUAAAGCUAUCGAUGCGGCUAUUGUUUUUGUCACAGUCAAUAAUCCUUAUGUCGUGGAUGGUCAGGCGAGGGAAAUUUGUGAAAGUGUCUGUGACCAGGCCGAUUUGAAACAUGAUAAUUUCCCAACCCUUUCGAAGGGUUAUACAUUCUGUUGCCGUUUGGAAGAUUUCAAAUUGAGUUAUGAUGGUUUACCCGAGGAUGUUGUGGCAGAGAAAUUGUUGGUUAGAAAAAUUUAA